UUGCGCAUUAUCGCCUCGCGCGACGCACUCCAAAUCGAAGGUCUCGGUCCCGCUACAAUCGACCAACUGGUGGAUAAAGAACUGGUUCGCGAUGUUGCCGAUCUUUACACUUUGGAGGUGGAGAAAUUAAGUACAUUGGAUCGGAUGGGUGUCCCGUCCGCCCGCAAUCUUGUCCACCAAAUUGAAAAAAGCAAGGAAGUACCGGCAGAAAAACUGCUUUUUGGACUCGGUAUUUUUCAUGUCGGUGAGAAUGUCGCGGAGCUGCUGAUUGAACGGUUCCUAUCCUUAGACGCACUCGGCACAGCAACAUUGGAGGAGAUUGAGUCAGUAAGAGGCAUCGGUCCGCAGAUAGCAGAGAGCGUUUUCAACUUCUUCUCACACAAUCAGCCGUUGCUUGACAAACUACGGGCGGCAGGUUUGCACUGUUUCACGGUAGCGGCAGAAUCUAACCUUAGGAAAGCGAGCCUCGCGGCAGAUAACUUCUUUAGCGGAAAAACGUUCGUUGUCACAGGGAGUCUUGAGGGUAUGACGCGUGGCGAAGCGUCGAACGAGAUUAAGAAUCGGGGUGGCAGGGUUACAUCAAGCGUAACGAGCAAGACGGAUUACGUCAUCGCGGGGGAAGGUGCCGGCAGCAAAUACACCAAAGCAGAAGAAUUAGAGAUUCCGAUUCUGACAGAGACAGAUUUUUUUGAAAAACUUUAG